UAAUGUUUCCGCCAGACUACUUUACAGUAGUGGACCUGUGAAGAUUGCAAGGAUGGAAGUGAGGGAUGCUAAUGCUGCGAUGCUCAGCAAUUAUGAGGUAUAUCAGCUGCUGACAGAGUUGAAAGAGAAGAGGAAAGAGAGUGUUAAAAACAAGCACAGCACUGGGCAGCAGAACCUUAACACUAUAAUGUAUGAGACACUUAAGUAUCUCUCCAAGACACCAUGUGCUCAGCAGAGUCCUGAGAUAAUGAAAGACUUCCUUAGUGCGAUGCUUCCACACAAACUCACCAAAGCAGAGAAACUGCAGCUGCUGAACCACAGACCACAGACUGCUGUUGAGAUCCAACUGAUAGUAGAAGAGAGUGAAGAACGGCUGACAGAAGAACAAAUAGAUGAGCUUAUUCAGACUGUCACAGACAUCCUUCCUGCAGAUCCUCAGCAAGAAGGCGGUGCUGCAGAAGGUGCUGAAAUGGACGCAAGCACAGAUCAAUGAUUAAAAAUAAAUCCAGGAAUCAUCAUCAUCUGGAUGCUUAAAACAACUGUUUAGCCAAAAUGACAUGCACACAAUAUUAGUUAUCAGGUGUCUGAAGUUUUGCUUCUGUAGUUUUGCACUGGAGUAAACAAAUAAGGAGAAGUUCUGAAAACUGCCAAAGUCAUCGUUUGACUUAAUAAUAACAUUUGUACAUGAACCUAUUGUAAAUGAAACAACACAGAUCUUCCAUGUGAACUUGUUAAUGCAUAUUGCCUUCAAGCCUGCAACAUUUUACAUUCAGUCUUUGCGUAACAUUUUGCAACUGAAGCUUGCAACAUGUUUGCAUGUUUACUAGGAACACGUUGGCAUCAGAUCAGCAUUGACCAAGAUACAGAACUUUGAUAUUAUUAUCAUGAUGAACUGAAAAGGGGAAAAUUCCAUUUUUGUACUUCUUAGUUAAACAAUGUACUUCAUUGUUAAACCACAUAAGUCAGUGUAUAUGAGAUUAUCCAACAAAUGGGCAUGGUUUGAGACAAGUAUGCAGUUUGCACAAGCUAUGCAAAGUGUUGGAUGUUCGCUUCCCUUUCUUAGAUCCAGUGCAAAAUGAAAGAAGGAACUUUGCACACCAAACAUGAUUCAAUGAGGAAAAUUGUGUAAAGUGUGUAUUACUGAAGCAUUUUGAGUUUCAUUACAUUAAUGAAAGCUAGUAGUUUUAUGCAUUGUGAUUAAUUAAAGUUGGAUCGUUACAUGCUGAGAAA